AUGGCAUCUGAACAGAGAAAGCUUUUAGAGCAACUUAUGGGCUCAGAUAUGAUGGGUUCUUCACAUCAGCAAACUAUGUCUUUUACGAGCCCAAAAGUUUGUAGAAGUUUUCUUUGCGGAGAUUGUCCUCAUGAUAUGUUUACAAAUACUAAAAUGGAUCUUGGACCUUGUUCUAAAAUUCAUUCGGAUAAGCUAAAGGCAGAUUAUCAGAAAGCGCGCUUGAAGAAAGAUUAUGGAUUUGAAUAUGAUUAUUUGAGGGAUCUGAAUAAAUAUAUUGAUGAUUGUAACCGUCGUAUUGAUUCUGCGCAAAAAAGAUUAGAAAAAACUCCUGAAGAAUUAGCUAAAGCAAGCCAGCUGGCUAGAGACAUGGCAGAACUUGAAAAAAUUAUUGACACUGCAUUAGAAGAAGUAGAGGUUUUAGGUGAACAGGGUGAAGUGAUGCGUGCAGUAGAGGAAUAUCAUAAGGUGGAGAAAUAUAAAAUUGACCGAUCAGAACGAGAAAAAGAAUUAAAAUCAAUAUCUACCAAUAGUGGAUCAUUAGGUCAUCAAAAACUUCAAGUAUGUGACGUUUGUGGGGCAUAUUUAUCGCGAUUAGAUAAUGAUAGACGAUUGGCUGACCAUUUUGGAGGGAAACUUCAUAUGGGAUAUAGCAAAAUGAGGAGUCUUGUAAUUGAAUUAAAAAAAGAGUUAGAUUUAAAAAAAAAUAAUGGAAGUAAUUAUAAUUCAUUAGAUGCGUUAGAAGAAAAUGAGCAAAACUAUAGUUCAAGGAGUACUAAAGGAAGGAGUCGGAAUUAUAAAAAAGGGAGUUUCGAUGAUAAAUAUCGUAGUUGA